GGCUCUCUGCAACAAGCUCAGUGAGGCCUUUUGCAACAAGAUCAUUCGUGUAACAGGCAGCAGCAGCAAUGCCAAGUUUGAACCACGUGAACAUGUAGAAUCGAAAUUUCUCAGCACUUGUAGCCAUAUCCAAAUUAUUAAAAACAGCCCGCAUUGCAUUGAGCUUAUAGAGUUUUUUUUUGUCUGCCCUGUAAGCAAUUCUCAAUGAAUUGACUUGAAAAUCAGCAAUCACAGAGAUUGCAUAUUGAUCUAAAUGCCUGAGCAGUGGGGAGUGCAUUGCUAGAAGGAUUACAAAGUUACAAAUGAUUCUCAUUACUUUCCAGACACCCGAAGUACAUUUAAGCCAUAACUCUUGCCUAAGGUUUAUAAGUAUUACCCCAAAAAUGGUGAAUCAUGUCUCUUGGCCAUAUCACCUUCCCACUAACCAAGUGCAGGAGAGUUUCAUCAAGAUCCCAUGAGGACUCGCAUUUUUAACCACUUAGGUUAUUAGUACCCCACCCCAGCGGCAAAGAAAGGAGGAGGGUGUUAAUGCUGUAAUGAUAUUGAACCUUGCCAACCCAAUGAGAAAGUUGUGGAAGCAUGAGUAAUAGUUCUUGCUGAUAAGAGUGCAAUUUAACUUGAGGUCUUGAUUAAGGAGUUCAUCCCUUUUGUUGAUACAGUUGCCCACCAGUUUAAUCAGAGAUGCUUGCAUAUGAAUUUAUCUUCCUGUCCACUUCUCAUGCCAAGGAGGUGGUGAUCCGUCAGAAGAUUAAGAAUAUGCUGAUGCUGAUUUUACCCUGCUCUCCUUGCUCAACUUGACAUUAUGAGAUGACUUGGAAGGAGAAUGGCAACAGGAGCAACAUUGCAGAAAGCCAUUGAUCUGGUGACACGGGCAACGGAGGAAGACAAGAACAAAAACUAUGAAGAAGCUUUACGCCUGUAUGAGCAUGGUGUAGAAUACUUCCUGCAUGCCAUCAAAUAUGAAGCCCAGAGUGAGCGUGCCAAAGAUAGCAUUCGUGCUAAGUGCAUUCAGUACCUGGAUAGGGCUGAGAAGCUCAAGGAGUUUGUUCGUAAGGGUGGAGAGAAGAAGAAACCUGUCAAGGCAGGGGAGUCAGGAAGCGGGAACAAGAAAGAUGAAGAUAGUGAGUCAGAUUCAGAUGAUCCAGAGAAAAAGAAGAUGCAGACCAAGCUGGAAGGAGCCAUCAUCAUGGAAAAACCCAAUAUACAGUGGACUGAUGUGGCUGGUUUGGAAGGAGCAAAAGAAGCUUUGAAAGAAGCAGUCAUCUUGCCCAUAAAAUUCCCUCAUUUGUUCACCGGAAAGCGAACCCCUUGGAAAGGGAUUCUCCUCUUUGGACCACCUGGGACGGGAAAGUCAUACUUGGCCAAGGCUGUGGCAACAGAAGCCAACAACUCGACGUUCUUUUCUGUGUCGUCAUCAGACCUAGUGUCCAAGUGGUUGGGAGAGUCAGAGAAAUUAGUGAAAAAUCUGUUUGAGCUGGCACGCUCCCAUAAACCCAGCAUCAUCUUCAUUGAUGAGAUCGAUUCGCUCUGUUCCACUCGGUCAGACAACGAGUCAGAAUCGGCCCGACGCAUAAAAACUGAGUUUCUUGUCCAGAUGCAAGGUGUUGGGAAUGACACUGAAGGAAUACUUGUGUUGGGAGCCACCAACAUCCCAUGGGUGUUGGAUGCAGCCAUUCGGAGGAGAUUUGAGAAGCGCAUCUACAUUCCCUUGCCUGAAGCAAAUGCUCGAGCUGAGAUCUUCAAAAUUCAUAACCUGGGGAAGAGAACAGAAGGAUAUUCAGGAGCAGACAUCAGCAUUGUGGUACGAGAUGCUCUCAUGCAACCUGUGAGGAAAGUUCAAACAGCUACACAUUUCCGCCGAGUGUCAGGUCCAUCUCGAGAUGACCCCAAUAUCAUCGUGCAUACCUAUCUCACUCCUUGCUCACCUGGGGAUCAAGGAGCCAUAGAGAUGUCAUGGAUGGAUGUUCCUGGGCAGGAACUCUUUGAACCCAAGAUCACCAUGAGCGAUGUCCUUCGUUCAAUAGCCAAUUCCAAGCCCACGGUGAAUGAUGAAGACUUAAAGAAACUUUUGAAAUUUAAGGAAGACUUUGGGAUGGAAGGAUGAACCCCUAGUUCACUUCCUAUCAAUCGCCUCUGUCCUGCCCUCAUUUCUUAUCUUCUUGCAUCUAAAGCUGGUCCUUUGAUUUGUCCUUUCCUUCCCAAUUUUCUGUAUCUAUGAUGUGUAUUCUACACUUGCUUGUCCUGCUAGGGUAAGUAAUCUGAGAUGUGCUUUCAUAGAAAAAGAUAUGAGGAGCACAAUGUGAGAAGAUGGGUUGCAUUUGCACUUCUGAUUGUGAUGUCGCAUUGUUCUUCACACAUGGAAUAUCAUUACUUAUUGCUCCUUCAUUCUAUGACCAUCAUGUGAUUCACAAUGCAAAGAGGAUGAGCAGUAGAUCACAUCAACCAUCUGUAGAGAUUGGUCUCAAUCAAGUGUUUAUGAUAAAAUGCAUAUUUUUUAUCUGUCUCAUAUGAUGCAUUGAUUCAAUAAAUAAGAGGGAGUGAGUAA